GGGGGUGCAGAGAUAAAUCAGACCUUUGCAAGAGCAAUAUAAGGAUGGCAGAAUCAGACUCAAUUUCCAGAUUAGAAAUGAGCAAAUUCCUAGCAAUUUUAAGGCCAUAGUACAGCCCCCCAAACCAGCUAAUGUUUGCUGCUUCCCUAUAGGGAAGGCAAACCAGGAAACACGAUUGCAUGUCUUCCGUGAUAGUUAAUUCCAAGCCUUGAAAUUGUGUUGAAAGCUUCUCGGGUUACUCCUAUAUGACACGUACUCUUCCACAAGCAGGAAAGUAAGUUUCAUCGGAAAUGAGCACACAAAGAACCUCUCCAUCUUUGCCCCCUUCAACUCCUCAGUGGAAAUAUGAGGUUUUUCUGAGCUUUAGAGGUGAUGACACUCGCAAGGCUUUUACUGACCACUUAUACACUGCAUUGGAACAUCAAGGAAUCAUAACUUUCAGGGAUGAUCCUGAACUUCAGAAAGGGGAAGCUAUUUCUCCAGCACUAAUUGCUGCAAUUGAAGAAUCGAGAUUUGCUCUCAUUGUUCUCUCACAAAAUUAUGCAUCGUCAACAUGGUGCUUGGAUGAACUAGUGAGAAUUCUUGAAUGCAUGAAAGCAAGAAAAGCUGUGCUGCCAAUUUUCUAUGAUGUUGAUCCCUCUGUUGUACGAAAGCAAACAGGGAGUUUUAGAGAAGCCUUUGCUAAUCAUGAAGAAAGGUUUAGGGAUGACAAAGAGAAACUGAGAAGGUGGAGAUAUGCUUUGACAGAAGUGGCAAGUUUCUCAGGGUGGAAUUCAAAGGAAUGGUAUGAAUCAAAGCUCAUUAGAGAUAUUGUUGAAGUUAUAUGGACAAAAUUGCAACCUACAUCAUUCAGUUAUGCAGAAAAUCUAGUCGGAAUUUACUCAAGAUUGCAGCCAGUCAAUUUCCUUUUAGAUGUAGGGGUGGAUGACGUCCGCUUCAUUGGUAUAUGGGGAAUGGGCGGAAUUGGUAAGACUACUAUGGUAAGAGCGGUGUAUGAGAGAAUCUCUCGUGACUUUGAAUUUAGUUUCCUUCUUACCGAUGUGAGAAACUCUGUUGAAAAAAGUGGUCUACUUAAUUUACAAGAGCGACUUCUCUCUGGGAUCUGGACAAAGAAGGCCAACGUAUCAGACCCUCAUGAAGGAGCCACCAUUAUAAGGAGGUUGUUAGGUCACAAAAAAGUUCUCCUCAUUCUUGAUAAUGUGAACCAUUCAAGUCAUUUAGAAUAUUUGGCAGGAAACCAAGAGUGGUUUGGUUCAGGGAGUAGAGUGCUUAUCACAACUAGAAAUGAGCAUUUGUUGAUUAGACAUGGAGUGGAGAGAAGAUUGAAGGUCAAAGAAUUAAAUCAUGAUGAUUCUCUUCAGCUUUUUAGCUGGAAAGCAUUCAGAAGAGGUUACCCUGAAGAAGAUUUUCUUGGUUUGUCAGAAUCUGUUGUAAGUUAUGCCAAAGGUCUUCCUUUAGCUCUUGAAGUACUGGGUUCUUUUUUGCAUGGAAGAGAUCAAAGUGAAUGGAACAGUGCACUGGGGAAACUGGGAAGAGUUUGUAACUUGGAAAUCUUUGACAUACUUAAAAUAAGUUACAAUGAUCUAGAUUCUGAAGAGAAGAAAAUAUUCCUAGACAUUGCAUGUUUCUUUAACGGACAGGACAAAGAUCGAGUGACAGAAGUACUAACCAGCUGCAAUUUUUCUGCAAUUAUUGGAAUAAAAGUCCUCACGGAAAGAUCUCUCCUAACUCUUUCAAAUGGAAGACUAUGGAUGCAUGAUUUGCUCAGAGAAAUGGGUCACGAAAUUGUCCACCUGGAAUCUCCAAACGAGCCGGGCAGGUGCAGUAGAUUGUGGCUUCUUGAAGACGUCAAACAUGUCUUGACCCAAAAUACUGGAACUGAAGCAAUAGAAGGCAUAUUGGUGGACUCAACCGAGUCAGGAGUAGACGUGGACGUGACUCCGAAAUCAUUUUCAAUGAUGAACAAAUUGAGAUACCUGAAGAUUAAGAAUGGGAACCUACCUAAGGGGCUUGAUUAUCUUCCCAAUAGUUUACGGAUUCUUGAUUGGACGAUGUAUCCGUUAAAAUCUCUGCCAUCACAUUUCAACCCUCAAAAGUUGCUCGAACUCAGCUUGUCUCACAGUUGUAUUAAACAUGUUCGGUUAGGAACAGAGCCUUUAUACAAUUUGAAAACCAUUAAUCUGAGUCACUCUCUGAAUCUUGUCAACACCCCAGACUUCAAGGGUAUGCCAUAUCUCGAGAAUCUGUUUCUUGAAGGUUGUACAAGAUUGUAUAAGCUUGACCCAAGUAUUGAAGUGCUUGAAAGACUUACUGUGCUGAAUGUGAAAGAUUGCAAAAAUCUUGUGCAUUGUGCAAGCAGUGUACGCGGUUUAAAGUCUCUCAAAGUUCUUAAUCUUUCUGGUUGUUCAAAGGUUAACAAACUACCGAAUGACACGGGUCAUUUGGAGAGUUUGGAGGAGCUUUAUCUGAAUGGCACUAGCAUAAAACAACUACCUACGUCUGCUGAAAUGCUUGAAAGACUUUCUCUCUUAAACAUGGAAAAUUGCAAACAUCUUGUGUGUCUUCCAAGCAGUGUCGUAGGUGGCUUAAAAUCUCUGAAAGAUCUGAAUCUUUCUGGUUGCUCAAGGCUUGACAAAUUGCCAGAUGAGUUGGGUCAUAUUGCCUGUUUGGAGAAGCUUGUUGUGAGUGGAAGUGGCAUAAGAGAAGUGCCCUCCUCUAUUGGUGUUUUGAAAAACCUCAAAGAAUUAUCUAUUGCUAGAUGUAAAGCAGAGUCACCUAAAUCAUGGAAUAUGAUGUCCAAUCCCUUUCAGUUAUUGCGAAAAAGAAGCCCCAUUCUGGCUGGAUUGUCGUUGCCUUGUUUGUCUGGUUUGCAUUCAUUAACCAAACUAAAUCUAAGUGACUGCAAUCUUUCUGAAGAAGCAAUGCCCAGUGAUUUUGGAUGCUUGUCUUCAUUAAGAGAUUUAGAUCUCAGCAGAAAUCAAUUCUCAAGACUACCUGAGAGCAUCAACCAACUCUCUAAGCUUGAAUAUCUUAGCUUGUAUCGGUGCUGCAAGCUUCGGAGAUUACCAGAGCUUCCAUCUCAGGUAUGGGUAGACGCCGACAACUGCAUUUCAUUAGAUACGUUGGCCAGUCAAAUAGGACAAUACAAUUCGGUGCUACGAGGAAUCUUUGUUAACUGUUUCAAACUGGUGGAGAAUGAAAACUGUGAGAGUAUAGCAUUUUCAUUGUUAACACGCUACCUUAAGAGUAAAGCAUUUUCUGACCGUAGACAAUUUGAGUUUGUUGGUCCUGGAAAUGAAGUUCCAGAGUGGUACAAUCACCAAAGUGUGGGAUCUGUGAUAACUGUAGAGCUGCAUCCAGGGUGGUUUAGUAACAAAUUUAUGGGAUUCGCCUGGUGGGUCGUUUUUAGACUCCUCAAACCACUCCCGCCUUUGGUUUGGUGGUCCAUUAAUUGCAAACUGAGGGCCAAUGGAAAAGACGCCCCUCCCCAAAAUGGUCCAGAGUUUGGGGAAGAGUGGGGUCAACCUAUGUCAGAUCACAUUUGGUUCUUCUUUUUGCCCCGUGAUGAAUCCUUUUAUCGUAACUGGCAGGAUAUCUACUAUCAGCUUGUAUUCUCAUUUCAACCCCGCUACGAGGAUCCACGAAUAAUGAAUGAGGAAAUUGUGCAAGUGAAGAAGUGUGGGAUCCGUAUGGUAUAUGAGGAAGAUGUAGAGGAGCUUUGGGAAACAAAAUUGAAGCAAAGCAAUAUGGGCAUUAAUACCAAGCGAUGCCUUCAACACUAUGAUGAUGAUGGAGCAUCUAGUAGUGCAAGUGAGGCUCAUCCAAUAAGAAUUGAACAACUCCACCUUGACAGCGCAGGACCCAGCGGAACCCCUUAUAUUCAUGACAAGAAACAUGAUUAAUGCAUUUUUAUUCUGUGAAAACGAAGAGAAAACCUGGUUGUAUAAUCAUGGUUCAUGCCUACUGGUAGCUCGACGAAUCGACGAAGCAGCAAUAUUUGGUUAGUCCAAAAUUUUGAAUGUCUCUUUUAUUUUAUUGCUAUAUAUCUUGAAAAACAAAUUGCCACAAAAUUGGUAAUUACGAUAGACAAACGAA